CACCCUGGUUAAAGGGAUCAUCGACAGCACCAUCGGGGAGCAGCGCCAGGUCGUGGCUGUCACCGGCGACGGCACCAACGACGGCCCCGCCCUCAAAAAGGCCGACGUGGGGUUUGCCAUGGGCAUCGCGGGCACAGACGUGGCCAAGGAGGCCUCGGACAUCAUCCUGACCGACGACAACUUCUCGUCCAUCGUCAAGGCCGUGCUCUGGGGCCGCAACGUCCACGACAGCAUCGCCAAGUUCCUGCAGUUCCAGCUCACUGUCAACGUCGUGGCCGUCGUGGUGGCCUUCACGGGGGCCUGUGUGACACAGGACUCGCCCCUGAAGGCGGUGCAGAUGCUGUGGGUGAACCUCAUCAUGGACACGCUGGCCUCGCUGGCCUUGGCCACGGAGCCCCCCACGGAGGAGCUGCUGCUGCGCCGCCCCCACGGCCGGGACCACCCCCUGGUGUCGCCCACCAUGCUCAGGAACAUCCUGGGCCACGCCCUCUACCAGCUGCUCGUCAUCUUCACCUUCCUCUUCGCCGGGGAGGUGCUGUUCGACAUCGACAGCGGGCGGGGGGCUCCCCUGCACGCCCCCCCCUCGGAGCACUUCACCAUCAUCUUCAACACGUUCGUGCUGAUGCAGCUCUUCAACGAGCUCAACGCCCGCAAGAUCCACGGCGAGAGGAACGUCUUUGACGGGGUGCUGGGCAACCCCAUCUUCUGCUGCAUCGUGCUGGGCACCUUCCUGCUCCAGGUGGGACCCCAAAAACACCCAGAGACCCCUAAAAACCCCCAAAAAUCUCCCCAAAACCCCCCCAUCGUGCUGGGCACCUUCCUGCUGCAGGUGGGACCCCAAAAACACCCAGGGACCCCCAAAAACCUCCGGACCCCCCAAAACCCCCCCAUCUUCUGCUGCAUCGUGCUGGGCACCUUCCUGCUCCAGGUGCUGAUCGUGCAGUUUGGGGAUGGGACACUCUGGGGGGUUCAGAGCCCCCUGAAGCCCCCCUGUGACCCCCAGGUGUUGAUCGUGCAGUUUGUGCUGAUCGUGCAGUUUUUGGGAAGGACACCUCAGUCUCUUACCCCCCUGACCUCCCCGGUGCUGAUCGUGCAGUUCGGGGUCGGGCACUCUGGGGGUUCAGAGGCCCCUGGACCCCCUGACCCCCCUUUGCCCCCAGGUGCUGAUCGUGCAGUUCUGGGAGGACCCUCAGUCCCUCUUCCCCCUGACUCCCCGGUGCCCCCAGACCCAGAGGAGCUGGGGGUGCUGAUCGUGCAGUUUGGGAAAGGUACUCUGGGGCAGGUGCUGAUCAUGCAGUUUUUGGGAGGACCCUCGAUCCUCUUCCCCCUGACUCCCCUGGUGCUGAUCAUUGCAGUUCGGGAAGCCGUUCAGCUGCUCCCCCUCAGUGCCGAGCAGUGGCUCUGA